AUGCAUAUCCCAAGAGCGUACAUCCUUGGGAAUAGCCACGAACCAGGAUCCAGUUACAAUCAAGUUACCAGUCAUGCCAAUCCGCAACAAUCCGAUUCUAAUGAGACAUGGCAAUUGAUUCAGCAUGAGCUCGGACGGCUCUUGCACGCCUGGACAGCCUCCAUCCUAGACAGCGGUUCCGGACUCCGGAAACGAACCACUGCGCACCAACUCGACACCACCAUUGGCAUCGUAGUUGGCGUUCUCUUGGGCGUCUUUGUCCUUGCCAGCAUUGCCUUUCUAUACAUUUAUCGCGGCUCAAUCCGCAUCAAGAAACGAAAGCGACAUCACCGCCAUCGCAAGUCGUCAGGUUCAAGGGGCUCAAAAGCAUCAGACAGCGGUGCCUCGGCAUCGGCGGCGGCGGCGCCUCCAGCUGCCUAG